CAUAUCUAAUAAAUUCUUAGCGCCAUGAAAGUUCGUCCAUUGUCAAUUAUUUGAGCACUACCGUACGGGAGUUACUUCAGCUCACUCUUGCACAAGCUAAAGGUAAGACUAGCACUGCCAUAAGGCCUCUAUAUGAUAGAGUCAUGACUCAAAUCUUAGCGUUGGAAUCACUUGGAUUUACCCAGGAUAAAUAUGCAGCAUUAUAUACAUUGGUGGAAUCUGCGUUGCCAGCCGACAUAUUACGGGCAUGGAGCAGAUCACAUAUGCAGACGGAGAAGGGUACUCAGUUGUCAAAACUACUGAAUUUCAUAAAGACGGAAGUAGAAGCGGAGGAAAGGAUUAAUGUAGCGAAAAACAGUUUCACCAAAGAGUAUGCAGGUCCAUCAACAUCAUGCUUUACAGCCGCUAGCAAGAAAAAUAAACCUAAUGAUAUAAAAAGUCAAACUGACAUGGACCACCGCGUAGAGAGAACGCAGACUUGCAUAUGGUGCGAUAAGCAGUCGCAUUGGAGCUCGGAAUGUUCGUCUAUGGUAUCGAUGUCGUUAGAUGAACGCAGAAAUUUCUUGAAGCGGAAGAACGCAUGCUAUAUUUGUCUGAGGGUUGGUCACAUGGCGAGCAAAUGUAGAAAACAUGUGAAGUGCGUUGCUUGCCGAAGGAGACACCCAUAAUGUGUGAAACAUUAAACAAUGCUGGUGGCAAAAAAGAUGAAACGACGCACAACGUAAAUAACAAACAAGCUAUGUUAAAUCAGUUUGCAGCAGCUAAAGUAAGCACAGUACUUCUACAAACGUUGAUGGUGAAUGUAAUGCACGAAGAUAAAACAGUGAGUGUACGAGCUUUGUUAGACUCGGGCGCUCAAAGAUCGUUCAUAAAGAAGAGUAUAGCGGAGAAUAUGAACCUAGAGGAAAUAGGGAAGCAGGAGAUGAGUCAAACACUGUUUGGUGGAGUGGUUACUAAGAAGCAAAUACAUAAGGUAUAUGAAGUGCAUGUAUCAGAUAUUAAUCGGAGCUAUGAAAUGAAAAUGGAGAUGCUAGAGCAAGAUGUAAUAUGUGGUUACUUACCAAAGCUAAGGCAGGGUGAAUUAGUAUAUAAGUUACAGCAAAAAGGUAUUCACAUAACUGAUUGUGAGAGUGAUCAAAGUGAGGUCAGCAUAUUAAUAGGUUCCGAUGUUCUAGGGUCGAUUCUAACUGGACGAUCAGUACGAGUUGACAGAAAUCUGCUAGCAAUGGAGACUAAGCUAGGAAGGACGAUUCAGGGCCCUGCAGUGGGCGUAUAUUGCGCUAGUGGAGUACCGGUAAUUGCAUUUUCUUGCUCGUAUGACGUCGACGACCUAUGGAAAUUAGAAACGUUAGGGAUCACUGAUGAUAGUGAAGUUAAGGCACAGAGUAAGAUAAAGGCCGAUGUAGUACGUUUUUUUGAACAAACGAUCAAGGUUAACGAUAAACGGAGAUAUGAAGUUAUGCUGCCAUGGAAAGAUUCAUUCGGUAUUCUUUCCACGAAUUUUAAUAUGGCGGAAAAACGUGUUAAGUAUACCACGAAAAAAUUGAGUAAGUUAGGUAUACUAUCAGACUAUAGUGACGUUUUUCAAGAGUGGUUAAAUAGUGGCAUUAUAGAGGAGGUUAUUAAUGACAAUAAAGACAGAGGUCACUAUAUGCCACACCAUGCAGUAGUUAAGAAUUCGAGCGCAACGACAAAGAUUAGGCCAGUUUUUGACGCGUCUGCGUCUGAUAAAGGUGGCGUGAGUUUGAAUGACUGUGUAGAAAAGGGUUGCAGUUUAAUAGAAUUCAUUCCAAAAUUGCUUAUAUAUUUUAGAAAAGGUUUAUCGCCAGAAGAGGAAACAUUAGGGUAAUCUAUAGUGACAAUGGGACGAACUUUCAUGGCGCUAAGAAUUUAUUAGAUAUGAUCAAUUGGGAGGAGGUAGCAUCUAAGACUAGUAUAAACAAAUUGGAAUGGCGUUUCAUACCUCCGCAAGCGCCAUGUUGGGUAGUGUUUUGGGAGCGUAUGGUGGGCCUAGUUAAGAAUCUCAUACGUCGCAUGUUAGGCAAGGCAAGUUUGACUCAGGUAGAGUUGUACACGGCGUUAUGUGAAGUAGAGGCAGUCAUCAACGCUGGUCCCAUCACAUAUAUUUCGGAUAGUGCCGAAAACUUAAAACCACUCACUCGUUCCAUGUUUAUAAAUAACAGUAAAGGCAACUAGAGUAGUUUAAAUCUUUUAGACUCGAAAGGUUCGUUGGCAGUAUAUCCAGAAGUUUGCAAAAGACUUGAGAGUUCGUUUCCGAAAUGAGUACCUUUCAGCGUUAGUCAAAACGAAGAGUAACGACACUUGCAGGAUUUAAAACAUUGGGGAUAUUGUCUUGAUUGGGUCGGAUGGUUCAAAAAGAGUGAACUGGCCUUUGGAGAGAGUUUUAGAAAUUUAUGAGGGUAGUGACGGGCUAUGCCGCAUCGCUAGGGUAAAGACAGCUAAUGGGGUACUAGUUAGGCCACUGCAAAGACUUUACCCGAUUGUGGUCUCGGCGUCAUACGAGCAAGAGUCUACACAGCCCGGUACUGGUGGUGAACCUUGUACCGUGCCUCAGAGUCAAACUGAGACUUCGAGGGUCUCACGUACUGGUCGUCCCAUUAGGGCUCCAUUUAGGUUAGAUUUGUAGAUAUGUAUAAUGUGAUUUGUUAAGGCUAUUGCAGAUUUUAAUCAGCAACGGCGGGAGUAUGUCGUGGAAUCUUUUUUUGAAGAUGCAGGCAGCAUUUUUUAAUUUGAAUUUAGUUUGACAUGUUAGAUAGAUAGACAAAAAAUUAUUGUGUGUCAUGUUUUUUCCACUGAAGUAAGUUUUUAUAAGUUUGUGUUUUUAUAUUUUUUGUACGCUCUAAUAUAUAUUUAUCCCUGAACUUACAAGCGUUUUCUUAAUAAAAUAAAGAAGUUCGGGGCAAGAAUAGCGCUGGUUAAUAUUCACGAACACAAUGGCACCUCAGCGGUAAUCACCAAAAAUUACACACUUUUACACUAUAAAGUACUAUUUUAUCUAUAAUAAUUUUAUUCUGAUUCAAUUAAAUAUGCUUGGCUUAACUUUUUAGAAGCAUAGGUACCUACUAUACAUAAAACAGAAACAAAAUACGACUGUAUAGUGUGUCUUAUUAAUUACCUAUUUUACUUGAAUGAACUGCUAGUAUCAAAAUCAUUUUGGUCCGCCUGUACAGGGUUGCUACAUGCAUACUAGUGGCGCCAUCAUUUAAUGUCACGACUUUAUAGACAAACUGUACGAGCAUCCUUGUACCAUCCACAUUGUCAAGUUGGCAACACUGAUAUGUUUUCUUCAUUUUUAAAUUUCUUUUUUUUUAUUCAUUGGCAAUAUUUUCUAUUUUUUUUUAAUUUAUUGGCAAUGGAUACAUUGUCCUUAUGCCUACUUUCUAUUUCUCUAUGUCCAAUGUUGCCAGAUAUACUGAUUUUAUCCGUAUCCAUACGGAAUUUUAAUAUUCAAACCGGAUAAUACCAUACGGAUAUUUAUGUCAAUUAUCAGGCAUUGCAAAGAGUAGUCUCUUAAUUGUCAGGAAAAUGCAAAGUGUAGUCUCUCUUAAUAUUACUAAGAAAAUUAUUUUAAUUAAAGUGGAAAGUUAUAGGUAUAUUUAUUUGAACCUAGUAUAUACCAACAAAAUGCAUUUUUUGUGAUUAGCAAAACCGAGGCAGCACUAGUAUAGUACAGAAUAUAGUUGGUAGGUACAGAGUAUGUUUGGGGAAUUCCCUAAACAUAUUUUGGUUGAUGGUUUUUGACAAUGAGAGAAAGAGAAAGUUAAUAGUGUAGUUUUCUUUAAAUGCAAACAAAACAACAUAUUUUGUUUUGCUAUGAAUUAAAUAAUUGUUUCAGCUUCUCUAUGACUUCGAUAUUAUUGUGGUAAUUUUGUAUUAUUAAGUAAGCCUGAAAAUUAAUUCCAAAAAUAUUAGAAAAAAAAAUACUUAAGAUGUUUAUACAAAAAAAAAUAUUUUUCCCGUUUGGUUUUUCUUUUCCUGACAAAUUGAUAUACAAAUUGAUAAAAGCGCUCUUAAUUAUAUCAAUCAAAGGUAUAUUUGUUAUGGAAUUGACUAGAAACUUCGUGGAUACUUCCCAUACGGAUUUCAUACGGAAUUUAACAAUGAUAAUACGGGAACACCGGUUUGAACAUCUGGCAACCCUGUCUAUGACAUUCAUUCUCUUUCAUGUACAUGGAGGUUUCUUUAUGUCAGUCAGAUUCAGAUAGUGAGUCAGUGUGAUGCCAAAAUGGCCACGACGAAUGAUUCGAAGGCGCCUUUGCGUCAAGUUAAAAGAGUACAAUUUGGUAUAUUAUCACCAGAUGAAAUCCGACGUAUGUCUGUUACCGAGGGGGGCAUUCGCUUUCCCGAAACCAUGGAAGGAGGAAGGCCGAAACUGGGUGGCCUUAUGGACCCUCGACAAGGGGUGAUAGAUAGAAGUUCUAGAUGUCAGACCUGUGCUGGAAAUAUGACAGAGUGCCCAGGGCACUUCGGACACAUUGAUUUAGCUAAACCAGUUUUCCACAUAGGCUUUAUUACAAAAACGAUUAAAGUAUUGAGAUGUGUGUGUUUUUAUUGUUCGAAACUACUCGUCAGCCCUACUAACCCAAAGAUUAAAGAAGUUGUAAUGAAGUCAAAGGGGCAGCCACGCAAGAGAUUAACGUAUGUUUAUGAUUUAUGUAAAGGCAAAAACAUAUGUGAAGGUGGUGAAGAUAUGGAUAUAGGAAAGGAAGGGGAAGAAGGUAAAAGAGGCUCAGGACAUGGAGGCUGCGGUCACUAUCAGCCUUCCAUUCGGCGACAGGGAUUGGAUCUCACUGCAGAAUGGAAACAUGCUAAUGAAGAUACACAAGAGAAGAAGAUCACAAUCACUGCAGAACGUGUUUGGGAGAUACUUAAACACAUUACCGAUGAAGAGUCAUUUAUUCUAGGAAUGGAUCCAAAGUUUGCAAGACCAGAUUGGAUGAUAGUGACAGUACUUCCAGUCCCACCAUUAUCUGUGAGGCCAGCUGUAGUAAUGUUUGGUGCUGCAAAAAAUCAAGAUGACUUAACUCAUAAACUUGCUGAUAUAAUAAAAGCUAAUAAUGAGUUAACACGAAAUGAGCAAUCAGGUGCUGCAGCACAUGUGCUAGGAGAAAACAUUCGGAUGUUGCAGUUCCAUGUUGCCACUUUUGUAGAUAAUGAUAUGCCAGGAAUGCCAAGAGCAAUGCAAAAAUCAGGUAAACCACUUAAAGCUAUCAAAGCUCGGUUAAAAGGAAAAGAAGGCAGAAUCCGUGGCAAUCUCAUGGGGAAACGUGUCGACUUUUCUGCUCGUACAGUAAUCACACCUGAUCCAAACUUGCGUAUUGAUCAAGUGGGAGUGCCCAGGUCUAUUGCUCAGAAUCUAACUUUUCCUGAAUUGGUUACACCAUUUAAUAUAGACAGAAUGCAAGAGCUUGUUCGUCGAGGCAAUGCUCAAUAUCCAGGCGCUAAAUACAUUGUACGCGAUAAUGGCGAAAGGAUAGAUUUGAGGUUCCAUCCUAAACCGUCAGAUUUGCACCUACAAUAUGGCUAUAAAGUUGAGCGCCACUUGCGUGAUGACGACUUAGUUAUAUUCAAUCGUCAACCUACUCUACAUAAAAUGAGUAUGAUGGGUCAUAGAGUAAAAGUACUGCCUUGGUCAACAUUCCGAAUGAAUUUGAGCUGUACAUCUCCAUACAAUGCUGAUUUUGAUGGAGAUGAAAUGAACUUGCAUGUCCCGCAAUCCAUGGAAACUAGGGCUGAAGUAGAAAAUAUUCAUAUAACUCCUCGUCAGAUUAUUACACCACAAGCUAAUAAACCCGUUAUGGGUAUUGUACAGGAUACUUUAACAGCAGUUAGGAAGAUGACAAAACGUGAUGUGUUCCUGACAAAGGAACAAGUAAUGAAUCUCCUCAUGUUUUUGCCAACAUGGGAUGGCAAAAUUCCUCAACCAUGCAUUUUGAAACCGCAGCCUCUCUGGACAGGCAAACAAAUAUUUACUUUGAUCAUUCCUGGAAACGUUAACAUGAUACGAACUCAUUCCACUCAUCCUGAUGAAGAAGAUGACGGGCCUUAUAAAUGGAUUUCACCUGGAGAUACAAAAGUAGUGGUAGAGCAUGGAGAACUACUUAUGGGCAUCUUGUGUAAAAAAUCUCUUGGUGCUUCUGCCGGUUCGUUGCUACAUAUUUGUAUGUUAGAAUUAGGCCACGAAACUGCAGGCCGCUUUUACGGUAACAUUCAAACAGUGAUAAACAAUUGGCUACUGCUGGAAGGUCACUCUAUUGGUAUUGGUGACACCAUUGCUGAUCCUCAGACGUAUCAAGAAAUUCAGCGCGCUAUAGUUAAAGCUAAAGAUGAUGUAAUAGAGGUGAUUCAAAAAGCCCACAACAUGGAGUUAGAACCUACCCCUGGUAAUACUUUGCGUCAGACAUUCGAGAAUCAAGUGAAUCGUAUUCUUAACGACGCUCGUGAUAAAACCGGUGGUUCAGCUAAAAAAUCUCUUACUGAAUAUAAUAACCUCAAAGCUAUGGUGGUAGCUGGUUCCAAAGGAUCCAAUAUUAAUAUUUCUCAGGUUAUUGCUUGCGUAGGCCAACAAAACGUAGAAGGUAAACGAAUUCCGUUUGGUUUUCGUAAAAGAACCCUCCCACACUUCAUUAAAGACGAUUAUGGUCCUGAAUCUAGAGGUUUUGUAGAGAACUCGUACUUGGCCGGUUUAACUCCGUCCGAAUUUUAUUUCCACGCUAUGGGAGGUCGUGAAGGUUUGAUUGAUACUGCUGUAAAGACAGCCGAAACUGGAUACAUCCAACGUCGGCUGAUAAAGGCUAUGGAGUCUGUAAUGGUGCAUUACGAUGGUACCGUACGUAACUCCGUUGGACAACUUAUUCAAUUGAGAUAUGGUGAAGACGGUCUUGCGGGAGAGACGGUCGAAUUCCAAAACUUGCCUACAGUGAAAUUAUCAAACAAAGCCUUUGAAAAGAAAUUCAAAUUUGACCCGUCCAAUGAAAGAUAUUUGAAGAGAAUCUUCAAUGAAGACAUCAUUAAAGAGCUGACCGAAUCAGGCUAUGUUAUAGCUGAUCUUGAGAGUGAAUGGGAGCAGUUAUGUAAGGAUCGUGAAAUAUUGCGUCAAAUUUUCCCAAGCGGUGAAUCAAAGGUCGUGUUGCCAUGUAAUUUCAAGAGAAUGAUUUGGAAUGUUCAAAAAAUAUUCCACAUCAACAUGAGAAUGCCAACAGAUUUGAGUCCAAUUAAAGUUAUACAAGGAGUCAAAGAUUUACUCAAAAAGUGUGUUAUUGUGGCAGGAGAAGAUCGUCUUUCAGUACAAGCUAAUGAGAAUGCUACUUUGCUGUUCCAAUGUUUAGUACGCUCCACUUUAUGUACUAAAUUCGUUUCUGAGGAGUACAGACUUUCAAGUGAAGCUUUUGAAUGGUUGAUUGGAGAAAUUGAGACACGUUUCCAACAAGCUCAGGUGAACCCUGGUGAGAUGGUAGGCGCAUUGGCUGCUCAGUCGCUUGGAGAACCUGCUACCCAGAUGACACUGAAUACUUUCCACUUUGCUGGUGUGUCUUCGAAAAACGUAACACUUGGUGUACCGCGAUUAAAGGAAAUCAUCAAUAUUUCGAAGAAGCCCAAGGCUCCUUCUCUUACAGUUUUCCUUACGGGAGGAGCGGCUAGGGACGCCGAAAAAGCUAAAAACGUUCUCUGCCGUUUGGAACAUACUACAUUACGCAAAGUUACUGCAAAUACUGCAAUUUAUUAUGAUCCAGACCCACAAAAUACAGUUAUUGCUGAAGAUCAAGAAUUCGUUAAUGUCUACUAUGAAAUGCCCGACUUUGACCCGACAAAGAUUUCGCCAUGGCUUCUUCGUAUCGAAUUGGACCGGAAAAGAAUGACAGAUAAAAAAUUGACUAUGGAGCAAAUUGCAGAAAAGAUUAAUGCUGGUUUCGGAGACGAUUUGAAUUGUAUUUUCAAUGAUGACAAUGCCGAGAAACUGGUAUUGCGUAUUCGAAUUAUGAACAAUGAGGAAAGUAAAUUCCAGGACAAUGACGAGGAGACUGUUGAUAAAAUGGAAGACGAUAUGUUCCUUAGGUGCAUUGAGGCAAAUAUGUUGUCUGAUAUGACCUUGCAGGGUAUUGAAGCUAUAGCAAAGGUGUACAUGCACUUGCCUCAAACGGAAGCCAAAAAGCGAAUCAUAAUUACGGAACAGGGAGAGUUCAAAGCUAUAGCAGAAUGGUUAUUGGAAACGGACGGUACAUCGCUAAUGAAAGUAUUGUCUGAGCGCGACGUUGACCCAAUCAGAACGUUCAGUAACGACAUUUGUGAAAUAUUCCAAGUACUCGGUAUCGAGGCCGUGCGUAAAUCAGUAGAGAAAGAAAUGAACGCUGUACUGCAGUUCUACGGUCUAUACGUGAACUACCGGCACUUGGCUUUGCUUUGUGACGUAAUGACAGCGAAAGGUCAUCUUAUGGCCAUCACACGACACGGAAUCAACAGGCAGGAUACUGGCGCUUUGAUGAGAUGCUCCUUCGAAGAAACUGUUGAUGUACUUUUGGAUGCGGCUAGUCAUGCUGAAGUGGACCCGAUGAGAGGAGUUUCGGAAAAUAUUAUUAUGGGCCAGUUACCAAGGAUGGGAACAGGUUGUUUUGACUUGCUCCUCGAUGCUGAAAAAUGUAAACACGGAAUGGAAAUGGGAGGUCUCGGCGUAGGAAUGGGCGUCGGUGGCGGAAUGUACUUCGGCGUAGGAACGCCUUCUAUGACGCCGCUUAUGACGCCGUGGUCGACACAGAACACUCCUGGAUACGGAAGCAGCGUGUGGUCACCGGCUCAAGUUGGUAGCAGUAUGACUCCCGGUGGGCCCUCGUUCUCGCCGUCCGGGGCUUCAGAUGCAUCCGGGCUAUCUCCUGCAUAUAGUGCUUGGUCCCCACAACCCGGUUCCCCAGGCUCCCCAGGCCCCCCGCUGUCCCCUUACGCGUCCCCCGCCGGCGCCUCUCCGUCCUAUUCCCCCACUAGCCCCGUAUACGCCCCCGCUUCACCAAGCCUCACACCCACUUCACCCCACUACUCCCCAACCAGCCCAUCUUACUCGCCGACCUCCCCCAAUUAUUCUCCCACAUCGCCCAUUUAUUCUCCCACUUCGCCGAGUUACUCUCCCACAUCGCCAGGAUACUCCCCCACAUCGCCAUCCUAUUCCCCGACGUCACCUAGCUAUUCGCCUACUUCGCCGAGUUACUCGCCCACCAGUCCAGCGUACUCGCCGACCUCACCGAGCUACUCGCCGACGAGUCCUUCCUACUCGCCGACAAGCCCAUCCUAUUCGCCGACCAGCCCAUCCUACUCGCCAACGAGUCCGGCGUAUUCUCCCGCGUCUCCAGGCUAUUCUCCAUCUUCGCCUAGCUACUCGCCGACCAGUCCAGUGUACAGCCCGACAUCGCGUAGUUAUUCGCCAUCGUCGCCGAAUUACACAUCACCCGGAUACUCUCCGACGAGUCCUUCCUACUCGCCUACUUCGCCGGCUUACUCGCCGACUUCUCAUAGUUAUUCGCCGUCAUCGCCGAAAUACUCGCCGACGUCGCUCAAUUACUCGCCCACGUCGCCGUCGCUAUCUGGCGGAAGUCCGAACUAUUCACCGACGAGUCCACAGUACUCGCCGUCGGGUUCCCAGUACUCACCUACGAGCCCGGCAUACUCGGCUUCGUCGCCGCAACAUCCCAGCAGUACGCACUAUUCGCCAUCGUCCCCGAACUACUCCCCUUCAUCACCCAACUACUCCCCGUCGUCGCCCGGUUAUUCCCCCUCCUCGACCAAAUAUUCGCCGACGUCACAAACGUUCACUCCCGCUUCGCCGAACUACUCACCUUCUUCGCCAGCAUAUUCGCCCACAUCCGCUGGACCCACAAAUUACUCUCCAAACUCUCCUAAUUAUUCUCCUACAUCACCCUCUUAUGACGAUGGCGAUGAUUAAUGUGUUAAAAUAUGUUUAUAAAAUGAUUGAAACAUAUCUAAUUAAAAAUGACAGUCAUUCUUUGGAAUUAUUUGUCUUUAGGACAUUAACAAAUUGUUAAAGAUGUGAUGUAUAUGUAUGGUCUCUUUUAAGUUGACUUAAGAGUUCUAAUCGUCAGAGGUAAAGUAAAUAUAUCCUGAUAGGCAUACUCUAUACUUUUGAGAAGUGAAUUUAGCUUAUCUUUUUGGGUUCGACCACGAUAUAAAUUAUUACUUUCAAUUUGAAUUAUUGGAUACAUUUCUAAAAUGUCAUUGAUUUUUGAAAUUCAAGAUUUCGGCUAUUUUAAGUGAAACAAAAAAAAAAGAAAAUUAAUAGUAUAUUUUAUAUUGAAUACCAUAAGUUUAAAUUAUACAUUUAGUUUCUUUAUGUGCUUAUACUCGAUUACAAGAAAAUACAAAGAUUGUGAAACUGAUUAUUAUGCUCAUAAAAUAUUUUUGAUUACCAAAUAUUGAAUGUAAAAAUUCUGACUGUGUCCUGUGUUUGUUUGGUGUUUCUAAAUUUCAUUCGUGACUCGUAUACAUUAAGUAAAUUUCAAACGUUUUUAGAGCAAAAGCAAACAGAGAUUGGUAAGCCCAUAGACAGAGUAAUGAACUGCGCGUUCCCUAACCACCUGUCAAGUAAAAUUGGGCAGAUAAGUGAGGAAGAGGCACAGCGCCUACACUAGAGUCCGCAGUAGGCUUCCUAUUCACAACCGGCUCGCAGCCGACGCCAAUGCAACUGUGUGGCCGUCGACCCGUGGCGGUCGUCGCCACGUGAUCGCCAUGUCGUCGCCACUUCGUAGCCUCGUCGUCGUUACGUCGACGGCUGGCGCCGAAGAUGGCGGUUGCAGUUGCUGACGACGGCAGCGAGCCGCUCGUGUGUCUGAAGCUUUACUAAAUUUUGUUUGUAUUCGAAAUCGCCAAGGUUUCCGGCGUACGUGCGGGGUAGCCGCGUUUUGAUUGAACACGUCAGAGUGACAUCACGGUAGGAUAUCAAAUUUCUUAAAACAAUGUCAUGUAUCGUAGUUCAUAGUUCGUCUAUGUAUUGGUUGUAUCAUCUCUUUCUAGAGAGUUGUUUAUUUCAUAUACUUCUUUAUUUUAUCUAAUUAGAAUAAACUGAAAAGGCAAAGGGUACUGUGCCCAUACAGCCAUCGAAUGUUGUUAAAAUGCCGACCAUAGACGGUUGUUCAGUGAUGGGAAUUAUUAGAUAGCGUUACCAAAAUAAAAUCAUAUUUGAAUGGUCAGAUUAAAUAUAAGUAGUUUCACUUAAAAUUUUGCUCUUAAAAUGUUAAGAAUGAACCAUACAAAAUGGGCUAAAUAUUAUUAUAAAGUAAAUUACUACGAUUUACUACAAAUUGGUUAAAAUUUAAGAUUUGUUUUAAAAACUUGUCGAGCUCUUUGUACCUACAUGCAGAAUCAAUAAGGAAGUGACUUAAGGUCGAUAUUCAUUAGACAGUGGGAAAAUGCUUUGGUUUGUAUUUAUCAUUCGGUGUUUAGUAUUAAGCGAUUUGAUUUAUUGAUGUUAACUUAGUGUACAAUAAUUUUAUAAGGAAACAAUUUGUUUACAUAAUUAUGAAUUAAAAAAUAAAAUAUUAAUAAAAUGUCA